AUGUCCAAGAAAUACCAAGAAGAACUUCCACCGAUAAACUUCAAGGGCAGCAAGAAAGGAUUUAACCUGAAUGAUUCAAAUCGUGGCUAUCGCACUCUUACAGAUGAUGAGGAAAAUGAAUUCCAAAGGAAAACAGUUAAUCAGCAACCUGCACCUCAGAAGAGAGGCUCUUAUCAACAACUGACGGAAGAAAAUAAUCAAGAGCUUGUCGACGCAAUGUUUGGCGAUUCCCCUGAAAAAGUAAGAAAAAAAUCAGAUGCAAAGUCUCGCUUCGACACCCAAAGCUCAGAGAAGGAAGAACAGGUGAGACCGACUAUGAAUUUCAACCAUAAUUUUACGAAUGAAAACAUUUCAAGAACAAAUUUAACAACUUCAGACGGAGACCACGAUCAGCAGUUCCCUGAUCCCGUACGCGUGUCUGGGAUCUUAGCCAACUUUGCCUUGAAUGCGCCUUUAUCUGCUGCGGCAAUUUUGGGGAAUACAGCAAUUAUUUACUCGAUAUGGUACAACAGCUCCUUGCGUUUGCCAUCCCAUAUCCUUCUACUUGGCCUCACUCUGUGUGAUUUUGGAGUCGGUUUACUGGUGCAACCUCUUUAUAUUAUCUACCAGACUUUUUACAUCUUUAAUUUGCGGAAGACAUGGGUGCAGGCCAUGAUAGUGUUCAACGUCUUGUCCAACAUGCUCUGCUGUGUCUCAUUCCUCACAACGACGGCAGUGAGUAUAGAUAGAUAUCUUGCAGUUUACCUCCAUUUACGUUAUCGAAGUAUUGUCACAGUCGGGCGAGUUGUGAAGCUUCACGUUGGAUUAUGGCUCUUCUCCGCUGUCCUCGCCUCCACUAUUGUUUGGAACGUCACAAUAACAUUUUUCGCUGCACUCCUUAUUAUAUCACUGUGCUUGUUAACUACGUUCACGGUUUAUCUGAAGAUUUACUCAGUCGUGCGAGGCCAUCGUAGAGCCAUACACCAACAGCAAAACCAGCAACGUGCGAGAACACUGCAUCAGGCGAAAACAACCCUGAGUAUGUUUUACAUCUGUCUGAUCCACGCUCUUUGUUAUCUUCCAUAUUUUGUGUUUCUUAUUCUUAGAGAUGCCUACAAGCUCACUACGUUUACAUACUUAGGAACAGAGUUUGCUCAAACAAUUGUGUUCCUCAACUCUGCUCUAAAUCCUUUGUUAUACUGCUGGAGACUUUCUUACUUUCGCGAAGAAGUCAAAAGAUCGCUCUCAAGUUGUUGUUCUUUCUCGUAG